UGGAGGCCCCUUUGGGCCCGCGGCUGCCCUUCCGACGGGGCGGCUGGGGGACCCGAGAUCCAAGUGCGCGCCCUGGCAGGCCCUGACCAAGGAAUCACUGAGAUUCUCAUGAAUAGACCGCGAGCCCGAAAUGCCCUCGGGUACGUCUUUGUCAGCGAGCUGCUGGAAGCUCUGGCCCGGCUGCGGGAGGACCGACAGGUGCGUGUCCUGCUCUUCAGAAGUGGCGUGAAGGGUGUGUUCUGUGCAGGUGCAGACCUGAAGGAGCGGGAGCAGAUGAGUGAGGCGGAGGUGGGGGUCUUUGUCCAGCGGCUCCGAGGCCUGAUGAAUGACAUUGCUUCUUCGGCUGUUAUGGGGCUGAUCGAGACCACCCGAGGGCUCCUACCAGGAGCAGGAGGGACUCAGCGGCUGCCCCGCUGCCUGGGGGUGGCACUGGCAAAGGAGCUUAUCUUCACUGGCCGACGACUGAACGGGGUACAGGCGCAGGCGCUGGGGCUGGUGAACCACACUGUGGCCCAAAAUGAGGAGGGUGAUGCGGCCUACCACCAGGCACGAGCACUGGCCCAGGAGAUCCUGCCCCAGGCCCCCAUUGCUGUGCGGCUGGGCAAAGUAGCCAUUGAUCGAGGAAUGGAGGUUGACAUUGCUUCAGGGAUGGCCAUCGAAGAGAUGUGCUAUGCCCAGAAUAUUCCAACCCGGGACCGACUAGAAGGCAUGGCAGCCUUCAGGGAGAAGCGCCCUCCAAAAUUUGUUGGCAAGUGA